AUGAAUCAUAACGAUCAGCAAAAAAAUAUUCUGGUCAUUACUACAUCUCAGGAAAAUAAUGAUGAUGAUAUUGAGUUUACUAAAAGUCAGAUUAUAGAGCAAAAAUUAACAAAGGAAUUUCUCAGCA